AUGGUGCACGUCAACCGCGUCUCCACCGACAAGGAGAUCGAGGCCAUCAAGGCGCAGUACGAGAAGAUCGACACCAUCCCCAUCACCGAGGAAGAGGUGCACGAUGACUUUGCCGCCUCCGUCUACGGCAGCAAGUACGCCGGCGAGGACCUGCCCCGCCACGAGAUGCCCGACCAUGAGAUGCCCCCGCAGAUCGCCUACCGCAUGAUCAAGGACGACCUGACGCUCGACGGCACCCCCACCCUCAAUCUGGCCUCGUUCGUCACCACGUACAUGGAGAAGGAGGCCGAGGACCUGAUGGUUGACGCCUUCUCCAAGAACUUCAUCGACUACGAGGAGUACCCCGUCAGCGCCGAUAUCCAGAACCGAUGCGUCUCCAUGAUCGCCAGGCUGUUCAAUGCGCCCUCCCACGAUGAGGCCAACACAAUCGGCACAUCGACCAUUGGCUCUUCCGAGGCCAUCAUGCUCGCCGUCCUGGCCAUGAAGAAGCUCUGGCAGAAGAAGCGCAAGGCCGAGGGCAAGUCGACCGAGAACCCCAACAUCGUCAUGAACUCUGCCGUACAGGUGUGCUGGGAGAAAGCAUGCAGGUACUUUGACGUCGAGGAGAAGUACGUCUAUUGCACAAAGGACCGCUACGUAAUCGACCCCAAGGAGGCCGUAGACCUCGUCGACGAGAACACCAUCGGCAUCUGCACCAUCCUCGGCACCACCUACACCGGCGAGUACGAAGACACAAAGGCCAUCAACGACCUCCUCAUCGAGCGCAACAUCGACUGCGACAUCCACGUCGAUGCCGCCUCUGGUGGCUUUGUCGCGCCCUUUGUCAACCCCGACCUGCUGUGGGACUUCCGCCUCGAAAAGGUCGUGUCCAUCAACGUGUCCGGCCACAAGUACGGUCUCGUGUACCCCGGUGUCGGCUGGGUCGUGUGGCGCGAUCCCAAGUACCUCCCCAAAGAGCUCAUCUUCAACAUCAACUACCUCGGCGCGGACCAGGCGUCCUUUACGCUCAAUUUCUCGCGUGGCGCCUCGCAGAUCAUCGGACAGUACUACCAGAUGAUCCGCCUUGGCAAGCGCGGCUACAGGAGGAUUAUGCUGAACCUGACGCGCAUCUCUGACUACCUGGCCGCGAACCUGGAGAGUCUCGGCUUCAUCAUCCUCAGCCAGAAGAAGGGCGAGGGCCUGCCGCUCGUCGCCUGCCGAAUUGACGAGGAUCUGGGCAAGCACUACGACGAGUUUGCCAUCGCCCACCAGCUCCGCGAGCGCGGCUGGGUCGUGCCCGCCUACACCAUGGCGCCGCACUCGGACAAGAUGAAGCUGAUGCGCAUCGUCGUGCGCGAAGACUUCACCAAGUCGCGAUGCGACGCACUGAUUGCCGACUUCAAGCUGGCUCUGCAGACGCUCGACUCGCUCGACGAGAAGAAGAUCAAGGAGAACAAAGAACACCAGUUCACCAUGCGCCGCCGCACCACGAUGCACCACGCGCAGAACAAGAAGAGCGCGCAGGAGAUUUUUGGCGACGAAGAGCACAGCCUUCAGGGUAAGCACGAAAAGACGCACGCUGUGUGCUAG